UAAUUGUAUCCUAUAAUGAAAAAUCAAAUUUUUCCUGUACCUACAGAAGUAAAAACAGCGUUUGAAGACUUGAAAGAAGAAUUGCAGAAAGCAGCAAUUUUCACCAUAAAGUAUGACCAUCCUCUAAUUGUGGAAACUGACGCUUCUGACAUCGCAGUAGCUGCCACUUUAAAUCAGGACGGAAGACCUAUUGCAUUCUUCUCUAGAACUCUUUCACCUAGUGAAAGGCAUCAAUCUGCCAUAGAGAAAGAAGCAACUGCAAUAAUUGAAGCUAUACGCAAAUGGAAGCAUUAUUUGUGUGGCAAUUAUUUUACCCUUAUUACGGACCAGCGGUCUAUUUCAUACAUAUUUAAAGACACUCAUGACAAGAAAAUUAAAAACGAUAAGAUACAAAGGUGGAAAUUGGAACUGGCAAGCUUCAAGUUUGAUAUACAGUAUAGACCUGGGAACGCCAACACAGCAGCAGACACCUUGUCUAGAGGGCACUGUGCAACCAUGACGAAACAAAGUAGCCUGAAGACGUACCAUGACUACCUGUGUCAUCCAGGUGUCACUAGACUUCUACAUUAUGUCAGGUCAAAGAACUUACCCUUCUCGGUUGAAGAGGUCAGGCAGACCAUUCAACAAUGCAGAACCUGCAAUAGAAUUAAACCGCAAUUCUAUAAGGAAUUUGCAGGUACGCUCAUCAAGGCCACACAGCCGUUUGAAAGAAUAAGUGUUGACUUUAAAGGUCCUUUGCCAUCAGCUACUCGCAACAAGUACUUGUUAACAAUGAUUGACGAAUAUUCGCGGUUUCCAUUCGCUUUUCCCUGUCCUGAUAUGACAUCUAAGACAGUAAUAAAGUGCUUCGACCAGUUAUUUUUCCUCUUUGGAACACCCAGUUACAUCCACUCUGAUCGUGGCUCAUCAUUUAUGUCCACAGAAACUACAGAAUAUCUACAUUCUAAGGGCAUAGCCACUAGCAGGACAACGCCCUAUAACGCAAAAGGAAAUGGUCAAAUAGAAAAGCUGAAUAAAACAUUGUGGCAGGCUAUUUUAUUAGCAUUGGACUCAGGGAAGUUGGAACUAUCACAGUGGGAAUCUGUGUUGCCCCAGGCACUUCACUCCAUUCGAUCAUUACUGUGUACUUCUACUAAUGAAACUCCACACGAACGGAUCUUCAAAUUCAACAGAAGAUCGCCAACGGGAACAUCCUUGCCUACUUGGCUACAGAACCCAGGCAAAGUAUUACUAAAAUCACCUGUAAGAUCUUCAAAAUUUGACCCAUUGGUACAAGAGGUUGAACUUAUUAGCUGCAACCCACAGUACGCCCAUAUACGAUUUCCAAAUGGCCGGGAGGAGACAGUGUCGCUUAGGCAGCUGGCGCCGAAGGAAAGUUCCACGAACGACUAUUUCGAACCAGAGAACGGUAUUCUGCCUCAAGAGGUCGGUGACUCUUUGGAUCUCUCACCAGGGAGUCGCUACGUGCCUGAAACUAUCAGUAAUUCACAGAGUCCCACCCCAAUGAUGUACAACCAGCCAGAAGUCAUCAGUGACUCACAGGGGAGCCACCCAAUGCCAGAGGCCAAUAUUGACUCGAGUCCCGUACAGGACAGUUACGACUUGCAAGGAGAAAAGUCUACGCCAGAGAUACCUCCGGAUCCUUCCCUUCAUACGCAUGGCUAUAACCUAAGACCCAGAAAGAAAUGAAGGAGGGGUGAAUGGAGUGAUCGUUAAAUGAACUUGUGUGUUACCCGUGCUUGUAAUCGUGCUAGUAUUUGUAAUCGUGUUCUGUUAUCGUAGUCUGUGAAUCGUGACCAGUCUGUACUGUGUUAUUGUGUGUAUCAGUCGUGUUUUAUUGAAAUAAAGCCUUGUUUCUAA